AGCAGCAGCAGCAGCAGCAGCCCUGGCAGGAGCCAGAGCCCGGCAGCUGAGGCUGCAGCCAGCUGCUGCCAACCCCUACCCGCACCGGCACCCGGUCACAGCCCCGGCCCCGCUGCUCCCGGGGGGAAUAGGGCACAGGGAGCUGAGGGAGCUGCACUGCAGAGGGAUCCCAGACAACCCAGGUGAUGACCUGAAAAAACCAUGUCUGAGGUUCAGGGAACGGUCGAGUUUUCUGUGGAGCUACACAAAUUCCAUAAUGUGGACCUCUUCCAGAGGGGGUAUUACCAGAUAAGAGCUGGACUGAAGAUCCCAUCCAGGAUUCCCCACAGGCUGUUUGCUACGAUUGCAGGACAGACAGGUGAUUCCAGCCUUUGCUCGACCUGCGUUCAUGAAAACAAUGUUUACAGCAGAAUAUUUCAGAUUUUGUACAGAAAUGAAGAGAUCAUUCUUAAUGAGACCAUGAACUUCAGAGUGCACCUGCUUCUGGAUGGUGAAAGGGUGGAAGAUGCAUUGAAUGAGGCAGAUUUUCAGCUCAAGCUGGACCUGCACUUUACUGAUAGUGACCAACAGCUGAGGGAUGUGCCAGCCAUCCCCAUGAUCAGCAGCCGCACUCUGUGUCUGCACUUCCACCCCCGCAGAGGGCUGCACCACCACGUUCCUGUCAUGUUCGACUAUUUCCACCUGUCCGUGGUCUCCGUCACCGUGCACGCGUCCCUCGUGGCUCUGCAUCAGCCUCUGAUCAGUUUUGCUCGUCCAGGGAAAGGUUCAUGGCUUGGUAAAGGCAACCUGGAGGCGGGACCAGACCAGUCCAGUAUGUCAUUAGAAAAUCUAGUGUUUGGAGCUGGCUACUGCAAACCCACUUCUUCAGAGGGCAGCUUUUAUGUCCCAUCUGAAAACUGCAUGCAGCAUGCAUACAAGUGGCAUAAGGAUCUCUGUCUUCUGCUCCUGAAUGCUCAAAGGGGUCUUCACACGUACUAUACCCUCAUAAUGAAUGAGAUUCCUGAUUUACCACAGCUGAAGUUGGAGGAGCUAUCUGUGGAAGAGACAGUAUCCCAGCUUUGUAUGGAGCUGCAGCUGCUGAGCAAUCCAGAGAAGAUGGCAGAACAGAUAAGCAAGGACCUUGCCUGGCUUUGCUCUCACCUCUUGGCCUUGUGGACCCAAUUCCUAGAGGUGGCAACGCUCCAUCCAGAAGUCACAGCUUAUCUGACUCAGGAACAUCACAUGUUAAGGGUGAGAAGAUUCUCAGAAGCCUUCUUCUACACUGAGCACCAGAAACCUGCUGUGCUCAUGUUCCAGGAAGGCCUGAUCCAGAGCCAUGCACAGAUUUCUACAGAAAUUCGAAAUUCAGAUUAUUUCACCAGCAUGCCUCCCCUGCCAGCGGAAUGCCUGGACAUCGAUGGGGACUGGAACACACUCCCAGUUAUCUUUGAAGAUAGGUACACAGACAUGCCUUGCAAAGAUCAGAAUUUGGAAGUUUUCUCAGAUUUUGAGGCUCCUGCAAAUACUCAAAUGGAUGUAAAACUGGAAAAUGAAGACUGUGCAUCAGAUGAUGUCACUGCAGUAAUGAAAGGAGACUUUGAGAAAGAUACUCCACUAAUACACACAGACAGGAUAAGCAGGAAUCCCUCAUGCCUACACAGCAGUACUGAAGCUGCUGCUAAGGGUUUAAACCAGCACUCCACAUCUCAGGUAUGUACAAUAAACAAAGAAGGCCAAAGGAAACCUGAAAAUAUUUUUGUUUCAAGAGAGGAAACUAUUUCUGACUCAGAGCCAGGCAAUACAGAACACAUGUCAGAAGACUAUAAAACAUCCGAGGAAAUUUUAUUAAAAGAUAAUAGACUUGGGGCGGAUGUUAUCUGUGGAGACAUGGAACCCAGCAAUAAGGACUCUCAUAAAUGUGAGCCCGUGCUAAUUGUCAGUGUUCAGCAUGAGUGUGGAGCAUGUGGAACUGGUGGCUUGGAAGACAGCACUGAAAUACAUGAACUAGAUGAAUUUAGUCAUCCUGAAACUAAUUUCACAUCAUCUGAGCUUGCACUGAAUGAAUUGACCAGUCUUGGAAAACCAGAGGAUGCAGACACCAAGGCUCAUCUAUCUGUUUUGAAAGCUUUGCCUUCACACAGCUGCGAAGUGAAAUCAGUCACAAAGGAGCAACGAAGUGAGGAAAGUGAAGACUUUACCCUGAUGUUAGGGGUCAUAAAAAGAUCUUCCUCUAUAAUAUCUGAUUCAGGCAUUGAAAGUGAACCAAGCUCGGUGGCAUGGUCUGAUGCUCGCAGCCGGGCCCUGGAGCUGCCCAGUGACCGAGAGAUCCUGCACCACUUGGUCCGGAGGCACGCCAUCCACCGAAAUUCCCUGGAGGGUGGACACACGGAAAGCAACACCAGCUUGCCCAGUGGUAUCCAAGCAUCGCUCACAUCCAUCAGCUCUUUGCCUUUUGAGGAAGAGGAGAGGGAAGUGGAGCUUACCAAACUGACAAAAUCUGUCUCUGCCCCUCAGAUCAGUAGCCCAGAAGAGCCCCCGGAGGAGGUGGAUAUAUCAAAACACAGUGAAGCCACCUCAGGAGAUUCAGAUCACAACUUAAGAAGUUGCAUGGAAACAGAGGAUAAAGAUGGAAAAAUAAUCAUGGACUUUUCUGAGUGUCAAAUUACCACUGAAAGUGGACAAAUAGAACACAGAAGACAUCCCAACCCCCUCCUCAAGCACAGUAGCAGUAACACUGAGUUACAAGGGGAUGAGGAGAAAGGUUUUCCAGAGACUUGCUGUAGUUUGGAAAAUACAAGACCACCCAUUUGUCCAAAGCAGCUCCAAGUUAAUGUCUCUGAGUGCCUGGAGAGCAAUGGUGAGUGCAGCUUAAAAACACCAAGGGCUUGUAAUUACUUGGACAAAAAUAUAGAUAAGGUUGAUACAUGCAUUGAGGAUCCAGAGGAUAAACUUGAUCCAGACAGUUUAAAAGUACAACAGGGCUCUUCCAAUAGUAGAAUUUCAGGAGAGGAGAGUUUUUCACAAAGCAUAAAGGUGGUACCAGAUUUUUGCUAUCCUAUUACAGCUCCUUCAGACACCUCCACUGAAUUUGGCUCACUCCGAGGAGAAUGUGGCAGCUCUCUCGCUGAUGAGAGCCCAGCAGUGCAUGCAGAAAUGCAGGGGUUGCAAGAAAUUGAACUCAAUGACUCACCUGCCUCAGCAGACCCCAUGGCAGGGUCCCACCAGGCUGAACGUCCUCAGGAGCCCAACAGCCAAGAGAAUAAACUUGUAGCGAACGGCACCGGGUUUCCUUUGGCCGCGACAGAGGGAGUAGCCCUGGAAAGCAGAAAGGCUACUGAUGUGGUUAACAUGUCCAUCUCUUGCACAGCCACCUGUCUUCCCUUUUCUUCUGUGCUCAAAGAGACCCCUGCCAUGGCGGGCUCCUCGGCAAAGCAGGCUGUGUUCCCCAUCACACGCCAGCCACUGGGUUCGUUUGGAGUUGUCUGUCCUAAUUCAGAUGAGAUGGAUGAAGAGACCAACGAAAGGAUGCUGAAUUUUUAUCAGGCCAAAGAAAAAUUUAAAAAAGAAAUGAAGAUUGAAGGAUUUCUGUACAGUGACUUAUCUGUACUAGCUUCUGAUAUCCCAUAUUUUCCACCAGAGGAAGAGGAAGAAAAUUUGGAAGAUGGAAUUCACCUGGUUGUCUGUGUCCAUGGAUUGGAUGGUAACAGUGCAGAUCUGCGGCUGGUAAAGACUUUUAUAGAACUGGGACUUCCUGGUGGAAAACUGGACUUCCUAAUGUCUGAAAGAAAUCAGACUGAUACUUUUGCUGAUUUUGAUACAAUGACUGACCGAUUAUUGGAUGAAAUUAUUCAGCAUAUCCAGUUGUACAACCUCUCCAUAUCCCGAAUAAGUUUUAUUGGACAUUCCCUUGGUAAUGUCAUAAUUCGAUCUGUACUAACUCGCCCCAGGUUUCGCUAUUACCUCAACAAGUUACACACCUUCCUGUCCCUCUCUGGGCCUCACCUGGGAACCCUCUACAACAACAGCACUUUGGUUAGUACAGGUCUAUGGCUAAUGCAGAAGUUAAAAAAGUCAGGGUCGCUUUUGCAACUGACCUUCAGGGACAAUGCGGAUCUACGCAAGUGUUUCCUCUAUCAGCUCAGCCAAAAAACGGGUCUCCAGUAUUUUAAAAAUGUUGUGUUAGUGGCCUCACCCCAAGACAGAUACGUACCUUUUCAUUCAGCAAGAAUAGAAAUGUGCAAAAAUGCACUUAAGGACAGACACACAGGUCCUGUUUAUGCAGAAAUGAUUAACAACCUGCUCCAGCCUUUGAUUGGGGCCAAGGACUGCACUUUGAUCAGACACAACGUGUUUCAUGCUCUGCCUAACACCGCCAACACGUUGAUAGGCCGUGCUGCCCACAUUGCUGUGCUGGACUCCGAACUUUUCCUGGAGAAGUUUUUCCUCGUGGCAGGACUCAACUACUUCAAAUAGUGCCUGAAGUAUGGAGUAACAGAGGCCAACCUUUCCUUUGGGUGGAGGAGACUUCCUUAGCCAACAGAGUGUAAUGUUAGAAAUUAGAUCAGGUGGGACUUUCAAACUUUCCAUUUCCAUUUCUCUUUCAGAGAAUAAAGUGCUAUGGCUUUAAGGCA